CUGUCACACCCUCCACACUCCUCUCCUGUACAUACUUAUCACUGUCACCACCCCCUCCACACUCCUCUCCUGUACAUACUGACUCCUCUCCUGUACAUACUGAUGACUGUCACCCCCUCCACACUCCUCUCCUGUACAUACUUAUCACUGUCACCCCCUCCGCACUCCUCUCCUGUACAUACUGAUCACUGUCACACCCUCCACACUCCUCUCCUGUACAUAAUGAUCACUGUCACCACCCCCUCCACACUCCUCUCCUGUACAUACUUAUCACUGUCACCCCCUCCGCACUCCUCUCCUGUACAUACUGAUCACUGUCACACCCUCCACACUCCUUUGCUGUACAUAUCGAUCACUGUCACCCUGUCCGCACUCCUCUCCUGUACAUACUUAUCACUGUCAUCCCCUCCACACUCCUCUCCUGUACAUACCGAUCACUGUUACCCCCCCUCCACACUCCUCUCCUGUACAUACUGCCCACUGUCAUCCACUCCACAUUCCUCUCCUGUACAUACUGCCCAGAGACAAGGCAGAGACCUCCGUGGGGGAAUACUCAGCCUUAAGGUGGGCCUCCAUUCUUAGAGAUA